AAAGUAGGAAGUGGAUAAGAUUUGAUGGAAAGCAGUUUUAUUUUUUUUUGCAUCGAAAAUAACGAAUACCUGUUGGGUCCGGUUUAUGACGAAUUAUUCUCUGUUCGAUUUUGCUUAUGUCGAAUGGAAGGUUAGAUAUUGGACAUUGUACCUUUUUCAAGCUUCUAUUUCAUCUAUUCCAGAACACAGCAGAGACUUUGCUCGAAUGGAGCACUUGUUUGGAUCACCUGAAAGUUCACAUCUCGCUUCUUUACUAAAAGCACUUUUUGGUCAGUCCGACUAUCAAGUAUCGACUAUUCGAGAUGAGUCGGAUACUAUAAUAGAUUUUGAAGUAACAGACAGUAAUGGCCAAUGCUAUAGAGACCGAAUAUGUAUUUUGUAUGUCACUCCAAUAAGAAAGAAUGAAGCCAGCACAUCUAAUGCUCCAUCGUUCAUUGAUUUUAUAACAUUGGAAGAUAUUCCAGAAGACUUUAAGCCAUAUUUAGGAGAACAGCAGAGAUGAAAAGUUAAGACAAGACGUUAGUUGGUAGAGAUAUAAAACAGACUUUUCCUCA